AUGAGCCUCCCCUGGGCAUUUGACAGAUCAACAGAGAAAAUUGACCAGACCGAGACGGCGCCAGGGGCGAGCGAGACGGUCGAUAUAGAGCCGACUGAGACAGCCGAGACAGACAAGACAGUCGAGAGAACUGUACCGGAGAGAAUCCAAAGCGCUAAUAGCAUCGAGAUCGACGAUCCUAGCAAGCAGCUACAAGGAGAGCCAGUAUACAGGAUACUAAGUAUAGAAGAACUGACAUCGGGGAUGUCAAGGCAAUCAGAGAGACUUCCCCCCCUUGAUAAGGGUGAUCGAAUCAAGCCAGUGGGUGUCAAAUAUGAUGUACUGGACGCGUCGAACAUCAGGUUAUGGAAGAAGAAAAUUGAGGGCCUCUUAAGGCUUCAGAAAUGCUGGAAGGUGGUCGAGAAUACCAGAAAGAUGAGAAUUGAUGGGAAGACCGAGCUUCUCCAUCAGGCAAUGCAAGAUGAGGAUUAUAUUGACCACAACUUACUUGCUGUCACAUAUUUAACAGCCUAUAUCUCGGAAGAGGAUGCAAAUGCAGUGAAGAACCUUGAGAUCAGUGGAGAUAUCUGGAUCUACCUCAUGGAGAAAUACGAGGCUGUGAACCCUAGAAGGAAGGUCAACCUUCUGAUGCGGCUAUUCACAUGGAAGAUGGAUCCUAAGAUGAAGAUUAGGGAGGCUAUCCAGGAUCUUGAAAAGCUACAUGAGGAAGUCAAAGAUGUAUGGGAAAAGGAAUACCUGGAUCAGGAUGCAUUGAUGGUACUUUUCCUAUGUGGAUUGCCGCCCGAAUAUGAGGCCUAUGCAGAUGGUCUUAGGUCUAUUGGAGACACCAAACGGGCAGUUAUAUUAUCUCGAUUGGAGGAGAAAGAAAUAUCGACUCGAGCAGAGAGACGAGCAGAGGUAAUCAGCAAAUCAGCCAAUCGAGCAGAGCAAAGAAGAUGCUUCAAUUGCGGCAAGAAGGGGCAUUUUGCAAGAGAUUGUACAGCUCCAGAGAAGAACCGAGAGCAGAGCAAUUCCCGCGAGGACUCUCAGGGAUGGAGUCACCGGAGGGACCACGGCAAGGCUAGAGCAUAUGGAAAUGGCAGAGAUAAGAGUCGAAGAGGACAUACCGGCCGCCAGAGAGGAGGAGCCCGUACGGCAAAUGAAGAAACUGAUACAGCUUCCUUCUGCCCUUUCCCUUUUGAGCAUCUCCAACAGCUUAUUUAUCUACAAAUGGAACGGUUUUACGAGAAUCCACAUGACUUCGACGUCUAGACGGUAUAAAAGAGCAGUGUCGGUAGGGAGUUGGGUUACGGUGGCUUGUUGCGCAUGCAGAACGGGGAACAAGCGGCUUGAAGAAUC